UUAAACCUAGAGCUAAGCGAUGAAAGGAGCUAGCCAAGUGGAAAAGUGUUGCGGACAAGGGCCUGUGCUGGGGAGAUGCUCAGUGCCACUAUGUGGAAAGCUCUGUGUGUGCAGUAGUGAAGAUGUUAGCCUUACCCGGAGGAACUCCCAUGCCAAACCAUAUAGAAGGUCACACACUUGGGCUAAGUGCUGGGUGACAGGGAGGGGGACAAGUGUUGUGGAUUUGGAAGAGUGCCUGCAAAUGGAGGCCUAACCUAAGGUGUGACCACCCCUUUCCUCUAUACGGGGACUGCCACCACCCUCACAGACACCCAUGGUUCAUUGCCCACUAGGCUCCUGCUCGCCCCAGCAUCCUCUGCGCAGCCACGCAGAAGCCGGGUGCCCCAGGGAGCCUGGCUACCAUGCCAUCUCCUCUCCCUGUCUCCUUCCUCCUCUUUCUUACCUUAGUAGGAGGCAGGCCCCAGAAGUCCUUACUGGUGGAGGUAGAAGGUAUGUCUAUCUAUCUGUCUGUACGUCUGGGGGGAAGGAGCUAGGGUUGAAAGUCUGGGUUCUGAGUUGAGUAACUGGCCUUCUUGGAGCCUCCAUUUUCUUACUUGUAAACUGGGAGGAGUCAGAAAGACCCUUAGAGCUUCCAUAUGGUGGACUUCUGGGGUCCUUUGAUUUAUGAGGAGGGAAGAGGGGCUGGGGCUCCCCUUUUCCUCUCCCCACAGAGGGAGGCAAUGUUGUGCUGCCAUGCCUCCCGGACUCCUCACCUGUCUCUUCUGAGAAGCUGGCUUGGUAUCGAGGUAACCAGUCAACACCCUUCCUGGAGCUGAGCCCCGGGUCCCCUGGCCUGGGAUUGCACGUGGGGUCCCUGGGCAUCUUGCUAGUGAUUGUCAAUGUCUCAGACCAUAUGGGGGGCUUCUACCUGUGCCAGAAGAGGCCCCCUUUCAAGGACAUCUGGCAGCCUGCCUGGACAGUGAACGUGGAGGAUAGUGGUGAGUGCCUGGUGGGGCUGGGUUGUGGAGGUAAAGAGGAGCUCUCCAUGGACAGAGGAAGUUCUUUGGUCUGGCAGGGCUGCAGCGGCGAAGAAGGAAUUAGUUCUAGGCACCUACUUCCUAUGGUUUGGUAACUGCUCUGAGCUACUCCGUAUCUCUGUCUCGCUUGUCUGUUAGUCAUAGUUGCUUUCUCCCUGUAUCUCUGGCUCUGCUCUUCCCAGCCUUUGUAUCUCCCCCUUCUCCUGGUCUGUAUCUAGUCUGGGGUCUCUUCCCAGGGGAGAUGUUCCGGUGGAAUGCUUCAGACGUCAGGGACCUGGACUGUGACCUAAGGAACAGGUCCUCUGGGAGCCACAGGUCCACUUCUGGUUCCCAGCUGUAUGUGUGGGCUAAAGACCAUCCUAAGGUCUGGGGAACAAAGCCUGUAUGUGCCCCUCGGGGGAGCAGUUUGAAUCAGAGUCUAAUCAACCAAGAUCUCACUGUGGCACCCGGCUCCACACUUUGGCUGUCCUGUGGGGUACCCCCUGUCCCAGUGGCCAAAGGCUCCAUCUCCUGGACCCAUGUGCAUCCUAGGAGACCUAAUGUUUCACUACUGAGCCUAAGCCUUGGGGGAGAGCACCCGGUCAGAGAGAUGUGGGUUUGGGGGUCUCUUCUGCUUCUGCCCCAAGCCACAGCUUUAGAUGAAGGCACCUAUUAUUGUCUCCGAGGAAACCUGACCAUCGAGAGGCACGUGAAGGUCAUUGCAAGGUCAGUGUGGCUCUGGCUGUUGAGAACUGGUGGAUGGAUAGUCCCAGUGGUGACUUUAGUAUAUGUCAUCUUCUGUAUGGUUUCUCUGGUGGCUUUUCUCUAUUGUCAAAGAGCCUUUAUCCUGAGAAGGAAAAGGAAGCGAAUGACUGACCCCGCCAGGAGAUUCUUCAAAGUGACGCCUCCCUCGGGAAACGGGACCCAGAACCAGUACGGGAAUGUGCUCUCCCUUCCUACAUCUACCUCUGGCCAGGCCCAUGCUCAGCGUUGGGCUGCUGGCCUAGGGAGUGUCCCUGGGUCCUAUGGAAAUCCACGCAUUCAAGUCCAGGAUACUGGAGCUCAGAGCCAUGAAACAGGACUGGAAGAAGAAGGGGAGGCCUAUGAAGAGCCAGACAGCGAGGAGGGCUCUGAAUUCUAUGAGAACGACUCCAACCUUGGGCAGGACCAGGUUUCCCAGGAUGGGAGUGGCUAUGAGAACCCCGAGGAUGAGCCCAUGGGUCCAGAGGAAGAAGACUCCUUCUCCAAUGCUGAGUCUUAUGAAAAUGCAGAUGAGGAGCUGGCCCAACCAGUUGGCAGGAUGAUGGACUUCCUGAGCCCCCAUGGGUCUGCGUGGGACCCCAGCCGGGAAGCAUCCUCGCUUGGGUCCCAGUCCUAUGAAGAUAUGAGAGGGAUCCUCUAUGCAGCUCCUCAGCUCCACUCAAUUCAGUCCGGUCCCAGUCAUGAAGAAGAUGCAGACUCUUAUGAAAACAUGGAUAAGUCUGACGACCUAGAACCAGCAUGGGAAGGAGAGGGCCACAUGGGGACUUGGGGAACCACGUGACUCCCAAGUGACUAGCCUGGACUUCGUUAGGUCCCAAGAACCACAUCUGAUUCUGAAAUCUGGAGAUCCCAGAUGGUGUCAGUCAGUGAAAUGACCUUGAUCAGGAUGUGUGCAUGCUGACACACACACACUCAUAUGCAUGUUCAAGCAAAGCUUCCUUUUGACCCUUUGCUUUCCCCAAAUAAACCCAAUUAGCCACUCAAAUUCUCUGAAGCCGGCCCUUGUGUGGGAUAGGAAGGGAAGAUGGGGUUGAAUCCAGCCCUGAGUCACCCAGAGGAAGGAGAACUGAGGUCUGAGUACAUCCUGGCUCUAGCCUUCCCAUGGCCUGGCAUUUAGCCACCUAACAUCCAGUGAUGCAAAUAUGUCCAGCCGCUACAUUCCAUGGUGUCCCACAAGGGAGAGACAGUGAUGGGACUAGCAGACUGUUUGGUUGUAACCCAUCCCUGCUCACCCUGCACAAACUGGGAAACACUGUCUGCCUCUCUUUUAAUCCUGCCUGCUCCAGGCUAACAGGCCAGUACCCUCACCUUCGAGUUUCUGGCAACACUACCUGAGUGCCUGCUCAGGGGGUUCAGCUUCUGACCAUAUGUAGACACCACCCCAGCUCUGAGUUUACACAUCAUCACCCCUUGCCUAAGACCUGAAACCCCCCUUUACCUUCGCCCAGGUGUGCCAUUUCCCUGCUCCCUCCUGCAUCCUUGGGACCUGUGAACCUACUCAAGUGCUGCUCUCAAUAAAUCUGCCUUUAUACUUUCUAA